AUGAAUUUCGAUUUCCUCGACGAGGACAUCCUGUUCAUAAAAGAGUGCAAUAUCCCAGGCCCUGAAGAAGGCCCCGAACCGGGAUCACGAUGGAUGCUCGCGUUCGAUGGUGCUUCCAACGCACGAGGCCAUGGAGUAGGUGCCAUCAUCACAUCACCAACAGGAUUUCAUCUGUCUUUCACUGCAAGAUUGUGUUUCGACUGCACCAACAAUAUGGCAGAGUAUGAGGCAUGUAUCUUCGGUAUUGAAGCGGCAAUGGACUUGAGGAUCAAGAUACUUGAGGUUUAUGGAGACUCAGCUCUCGUCAUUAGCCAAGUACGGGGAGAUUGGGAGACCCGCGAUCAGAAGUUAAUUCCAUACAAAGAACAUGUCCUGAAAUUGAUCCCUUACUUUGACGAAAUCUCUUCUCAUCACAUCCCGAGGGAAGAGAAUCAAUUAGCAGAUGCCCUUGCUACCCUAGCGGCCAUGUUCAAAAUCACUUGGAAGAAUCAGGCUCCCGCUAUCAGCAUUGACCGCCUAGAUGAGCCCGCAUAUUGUCUAGCUACCGAGGAAGAGUCAGAUGGUAAACCCUGGUAUCAUGACAUCAAAACGUAUCUCGAAAAAUAG